UUUGUACAGUAGACCAGAUACAUUCGUUACUCAAUGAAUAUCAAAAUAAAAUAUUUGCUUAUAAAUAAGGUCGGAAUAGUAUUACUACUCAGUCUUCACCAUUAUCAUUGUGUACUAAGUUUAAUCAAGAAUAUGGAGAAGCAUAUUUCAAACUGGUCAAGCAUGAAAUCUGUGCCUGAAAACUACAUAUUCCCACCAGAAACAAGACCAGGUGAUGUCAAAAUCCCAAUCAGCCACAGCAUCCCAGUGAUUGAUCUCAGUGAAGCAUUUAAUGGUGAUAGAACAAAUACUAUUCAGAAAAUUAUCAAAGCUGCUGAGGAGUUUGGUUUCUUUCAGGUUAUCAAUCAUGGAAUUCCUGAAAAUGAAAUGAAGGAAACAAUGAGUGUUUUUAAGGAGGUGUUUCAGUUUCCUGAUGAGUACGAGCAUAACUUGUAUCCUGAUGACUCUACUAAGACAUGUAAGAAGUUUACUAGCUCUUACUUUUAUGAAACUGAAAAGGUUCAUUAUUGGAGGGAGUGUCUUAGACACUCUGCUUAUCCUUUGGAGGAGUGGCAACACUUGUGGCCUCAAAAUCCAGCUUCUUACAGAAAAUGUGUUGGAGAUUUUUCAGUUAAAAUUAAGGAAUUGGGUUCGAGGAUUAUGAAUUUGAUUAGUGAAGGGCUUGGUCUAGAGUGUGGGCAUUUUGACAAUGAUCUUAGUGGAUCAUUGAUUAUCUCUGCUAAUCAUUAUCCAUCAUGUCCUAAUCCAAAUUUAACACUUGGUUUACUCAAACAUUAUGAUGCUUACCUCAUCACUAUUUUACUCCAAGAUGGUAUAUCUGGUCUUCAAGUAUUAAAGGAUGGAGAAUGGAUUGGUGUUGACGCUCUUCCUCAUGCAUUUGUCAUCAAUAUAGGUUAUGCCUUAAAGAUAAUCAGUAAUGGUAAGCUACAAAGUGCUGAGCACAGGGCUGUAACAAAUUCAAGUCAUGCUCGCACAUCUGUUGCAUUUUUUAUAGCUCCCUCAGGUGAUUGUUUCAUAGAGCCAGCACAAGAUCUUAUCGAUGAACAUAAUCCACCUAUAUUUAAGUCUUACAAAUUCAAAGAUUUCCUCUCACGAUUCUUUGACAAGCUUGCUGACAUGGAAAAGGUGAUCAAGUCCUUUGAGGAACCAGGUGGAAUAUUGUGAAAGACAAGUAUCAUUUGAUAAUAUUGUAUCUUUUGUUUAGAAUUAAGUAUUUAUUUACCGCAAGAAAGCAUAUUUUAAUAAACAAUUAGUUUCCUAUGCAACGCAUAUGGUUUGAAACAAUUUCUUAUGCAUAAAUUAUGCAAAUUAUGGUUGCAAUAAUUUCCCAACGUUUCAUG